GUGGAGGGCCAGAACCCGCGGAGCGCCACGCUGAGCCAGAGCUCCCGACCGCAGAGCACACGCCCACGCCUACGCGCACCGGCAUGCACUGGCUUCGCUCUGCCUUCCCCUUGCGGGGUCCCUCCGGCACGGGGCCACCGCCCCCUGCGGGGGCGGCCGAGGAGCUCUUCGCGAGGGCGCCGGCCCGCUGGGGGCACACCGCCGGGCUCGCGCCCGUGAAGAGAGGUCUGAGGAGGGCUCCCCGCAGCGGCGGGCGCCGGGGCGCCUGCGCGGUGCCCCUUCCCGCGGCUGGGACGAAGGGGCCCCCGUGGCAUCGUGCGGCAGCCUCGGCCAAAGAGGCCGUAGCAGGAGAUGAGGACGAGGAUGAGGAUGAGGAGGAGGAGGAGGAGGAGGAGGAGGAGGGACUGCUGCCCGGCCCCAAGCCCGAUUGCGGGGUCGCCGCCGGGCGCUCGUGGCGGCAGGGCCGCUCGGCCCCGGGACGCCUGCGCGUCGGCUGGCCCGCCAGCCCUCAGGGAAGCAGCUGCCGAUGGCCUCCUUCGCGAAUGCACACACAGAGCGACUCCAUCCGAGUCAAUUCAACCUGA